UUUAUCAAAUGCAGAAAAGCUAAUAGCAAGAAAAGUGUGCAUUGCCUUCAAGCAGACAUCUGUGAUUUGAUUUGUUAAGAGCAAAUGGAAAAUCAUACGUAUGUGAUGUGAAUGGGUUCAGCUUUGUGAAAAACUCGAGCAAAUACUAUGAUGACUGUGCCAAGAUCCUGGGCAACAUGAUCCUCCGGGAAUUAGCACCCACCUUCCACAUCCCCUGGGCAAUUCCUUUCCAGCUGGAUGAUCCACCAAUUGUCCCAACAACUUUUGGAAAAAUGAUGGAACUGCGAUGUGUGGUGGCAGUGAUAAGACACGGAGACAGAACACCAAAGCAGAAGAUGAAGAUGGAAGUAAGACAUCCCAAGUUUUUUGCACUCUUUGCAAAGUACGAUGGUUACAAGGAUGGGCAUGUGAAGUUGAAGAAGCCCAAGCAAUUGCAGGAGGUAUUAGACAUUGCCCGAGGACUCUUAGCGGAGAUUGAACAGAAGCGGGCAGAUCCGGAGACAGAAGAGAAGAAGGGCAAGUUGGAACAACUCAAGAGUGUCCUGGAAAUUUUUCUAAAGGACCUAAGGUUGCAAGAGGAACAACUUUGCUGUUUGACGUAUGGACACUUCUCAGGAAUCAAUCGGAAGGUGCAGUUAAAGUACCAACCACGAGGAUGGAAAAGACGGUCCAGUAGUGAAGAAGGGGAUUCUCCGAGAGAACCAUCACUAGUUCUUAUCCUGAAGUGGGGCGGAGAACUCACCCCAGCUGGACGGGCUCAAGCAGAAGAGUUUGGACGAAUGUUUCGCUGCAUGUAUCCAGGUGGCCAAGUAGUAAAUGUGACGGAACCAAGCUGUUCAGUCCAGGGAGAAAAGUCUUCAGGGUUUUCAUUAGAAGGCCACAAUCAUCAGAACAUCAUCUGCAUACCUCAGCAACUUACUGGUGAGCGAACAGAGUGGAUUGACGAGUCAGUGACUGGAUGUGAGUAUGCAGGAACUCAGGGACUUGGUCUACUCAGACUACACUCAACUUACCGCCACGAUCUUAAAAUAUACGCCAGUGAUGAGGGGAGAGUUCAGAUGACGGCUGCUGCAUUCGCCAAGGGUCUUUUAGCUUUGGAAGGCGAACUUACUCCAAUUCUAGUACAAAUGGUUAAGAGUGCUAAUACGAAUGGAUUGUUGGAUAAUGACUGUGACUCCUACAAGCAUCAAAACAUGGUGAAAAAUCAUCUUCAUGAAGCAAUGCAACAAGAUCGCAUACUUACAAAGGAAGAUAUGGAAAAGUUAAACCCAACUAAUUCAAGAUCAAUAAAAACUGCUCUUGAGUUUAUUCAGAACCCCGUCAAAAUGUGCGAACAUGUCAAUGCUCUCAUCAAGAAACUAAAUGAGAGAAUAAAGAUUAGAAAAGAAGACCAAAAGACAAAAGAAUUGCCAUUGUAUCACGGUGAAUCUUGGGAACUAAUGCAGCGUCGCUGGGCAAAGCUGGAAAAAGAUUUUAGAACAAAAAAUACAAAAUUUGAUAUCUCCAAGAUCCCAGACAUAUAUGACUGCAUCAAGUACGACUUACAACAUAAUAACCACACUCUGCAGUUUGAGCAUGCAGAAGAACUGUACAAAUGUGCCAAAUACCUGGCUGAUGUAGUAAUACCACAGGAAUAUGGGAUGACACCACAAGAGAAGAUGGCUAUUGGACAAGGCAUUUGUACACCACUGUUGAAGAAGAUCCGUGCUGACCUCCAACGAAACAUCGAAGAAAGUGAGGAAAAUGCUGGAGAGAGCAUUAACAGGUUAAAUCCCAUAUACUCUCACGGAGUGAGCAGUCCAAGUCGUCAUGUGCGCACAAGACUGUACUUCACCAGUGAGAGUCACAUACACUCACUUCUCACUGUCUUGCGCUUCGGCGGACUUAUUGAUAAUCCAAAAGAUGAGCAGUGGAACAGAGCAAUGGAUUAUAUUGGCGCAGUUUCAGAACUGAAUUAUCUUAGCCAGAUUGUCAUCAUGCUCUAUGAAGAUCCUACUAAGGACCCAUCCUCAGAUAGUAGAUUUCAUGUAGAACUUCACUUCAGUCCUGGUGUCAACUGCUGUGUUCAUAAGAACCUUCCUCCUGGACCCGGGUUUAGACCAAAGAGCAGAAAUGAACCUGAGAAAUUCCAUGUGUGUAUACCAAGGCCAAGUAUUGCACCCAGUGCGCCCUUAUCCCCCAAAGCCGAGGCAGAGAUGAGAAGAGCUCGAGGUGCUUCUCGCAUUGACGAGGAGGACCUUCAGUACAUCAUGGAGGAAAUAGUUGAACACGCCUUGGAGGGAAAAAAUAUGGGAAAUGAUGAGAAGAAGGUCAGGGUAGGAGCCAAUGUGAGAGAUUGUUUGAGCACUCUCUCACACACACCAUUCUCAUCAUCUUGUCUUUUGGAAACAAGAGAUGAAGAUAAUGAGAACAAGGUCUUUUUGCCCCUACCUGAAAAGGUGUUGCCAGAAAAGUAUGUUGAAUUUCCAGAUGGCGUAAUGCAGCCAGGAGGUGUUGAUGUAACCGACACGGACAUUGUGAUAGCUGUCAAGUCCGAGCCAAUACCCAUUACUUCCAGGUCACACUCUGAAUGUGGACUGGUGCCCGCAGAACUCCCACGACCAUAUCCCAUCACACGAUCAUUGUCUGAUGGAGCAUCUUCAUAUCAACGAUCUCUCUCCACAUCUGACUCCCUGACACGUCCUCGGUCUCUGGAGACUGAAAAUAACCUGAACUCGGAUCACACACCCAAAGCAGAGAAAGGGAGCUCCAGCUUAGAUUCUGUCAGCGAUGAAGAGAGCAUCCGCCGUCACCGACACAGCAUCCCAGGCCACCUCAGUUCCUACUUAACCUUCUUAGCUGGGUUACAGCAGAAGGCAGCUGCUGCAGCAGCUGCAGCUGUUCCGGUCUUCUCUACUGCUGUUAUCUCAGGAUCAACAUCUGCUCCUGAUCUACGGGACAAUUUCUCAGCCCUUCCAUUCUCUGCCAAUCUUGAAGGCCUUGGUGGUGUGCCUUCGAUCCGACCAUUAGAAACAUUGCACAAUGCCCUCUCCUUGCGUCAGUUGGACGCUUUCCUUGAGCGAAUGGCUCUAGCGCAGUUUCGCACCCCACUAUCUUCCCCUCCAAAGAUGCCUUCAACCCCAAGACACCCUCGCUCACAGCCCCCACCACUAGGUCUUCAGUCUCCUUCAUCUAGUAUUGGCUGGUCUGGGCCUCCAUCAUUCGUCUCGUCUUCUGGCCCCUCCUCCCCCAACAUCAACACACUGGAGUUCUUCUCACACCUGCACCGCUACGACACCUACAUGCCACCACCAUCACCACAGUUCCUCACUCCUAUUACUUCUUUAACUACCACAGUUGCUCCCACUAACCUAAAUACUGCUAUUAGUGAUCACACACUCAACCAUCCGUUCAUCACCAAACUUAAUUCUGCUGCUGCCAACUAUGUGGCUACCACUGCUAUAUCUGCUAAGAGUGCUGCAGCUGUUCCUCUCACUCAUGUGGCUGCUGAUGCUGCUGCUUCUAGACUUAUAUUAGAACUAACCAACAGCACUACUCCUGGUUACACUCAGGAGCGACUAGGCUUGGCCAGUGAGCACAGUAGUGUUGCAGAGCUGAACACUGGGGUGGCAGAGAUGGGCACUUCAGAAGAUCUCUCUGGAGAUGCUAGUGAACCGGGAUCCCCUUCUGAGGGUUCAGAAAGCUUGGGCUCACCCUCGCAGACUGAGGUGGCAUCCAUCAUAGAGAGGGGUGACACAGCCACACCUGAUACUCACAGUGAUGUCCAGGAUCAGGACAUCUCAUAUAGUGAAACCUCAGAACCAGACAACAACUUUUUGCAUGUAGCUAAUACCAGAAGUGCCACCUCAGACUGAUUAUUGGUAAUAUUGUUUUUCAUAUCAAGGAACAGCUUUAAUAAGCUUUUAAGAAUGUCAUUCCAUUCACGUUUUGUCUUAUUACUUUGUCUUACUGGCUGUUCCUUAGCCUAAAUUCUCAUUAUUUGUGCCAAAUGUAAGCCAUUAGCACUGUGGAUGCAUGUAUUGUACAGGUAUUUAUGUUUGCUCAUUAUUUAUGUUUUGUCUUGUUAAUGGAUAUAAAUAAUUACAAUAUGAUUGUGCACUGAUGUAACAGACACUGCAUCUCAACAUGUUUUAUGAAGAUAAUGUUCAGCAUAUUUCAGUUAAGAAUUAUAAUGUCAAAAUAUAUAGGGGCAAGCUAGGAUGUUCAGAAACUUUUUAACUGAGGUAUUUAUGUAAAGCCACUUUUUAUGGACAGAUUUAUUUGGAUUGUAUCAUAGUAUGGAUAAAUAUCUGGUCUAUUUUGUCCAUGAUAUUUAACAUUCCUUGAUACUAUGGGAAGUUUUGAAGUUAAAUUUUUCAAAUGACAAAAUAUAAACUGUCUGAAGCCUCUGCAUUUACAUAGUCAUCAGACGUGUAUUGUAGAGGUCUUUUAACAUAUGUGGGGAUGGUUCAGAUGCCUGUAGUGCCUUUUUAUAUUUGAUUUUGGGACAUCUGUAAAUAGGAUACACAUAAUGACCAAUUUUUGUCUUUUUCCAACUUUGUUUUAUAAUCUUUAUGAACUAACAAUUUUUUUUGCAUUGUUCAUGGAAUAUUAUUUGAUUUUGCAAAGCUCAUUCAAACUUAUUAUAUCCAUCAAUUAAAAAUAGUAAUUUCAGAUCAUAUUUGCUACACUACCUACCACUAUUUAGUACAUGUAAUACAUUUUAUUUUUUUUAUGGAUUGCAGAAACUUUUUAAAUUCAUUAUAAACUUAGAGUAAAAGGAGCAUUAUUAAAAAUGUUUAAAAUAGACAUACCAUGGGAGGAAGAGUAACGAACAGCCAUUACACCAUUAAUCAGCAUCCUCAUAAAUAGUUUUCAACUCUAGUUUCAUAUUGUUACAGUAGAUCAUCAUUUAAAAAGUAGUUAUACUGCACAUGAUUGUUUUAGCAUGAUUGAGAAGUUGCAGUGCAAAAAUAUAGAAUGGGAAGAGGCUCAGUAUUGAAUGUUGUAAGAUGUGAAUUGUGGUCUUGUGCACUGUGGAGUUCCCCUUCACCUCGCUGGGCUUAUGGGUGAAUACAAUACAGUAAUUUGCCUUGAAUCCUUUCAUUGCCUCAUCUCAUCUCUGAAUAGUAAACUUGGCACUCAAGAGGAUGGUGAGGUGCCAUAAAGUUUUGAUGGUCUCUUAAGAAAAUUAAAGUUUCACAUAUGCUUAUGGGUUUAUAUGUUAUGGAGACAGCAAACUCUUUUGGUUUGAGCUAAUCAUCCAUUUGUACAAUUAGAAGGAAUGAAAAGAAAUUAAGAGCUUGUGUAAGGACUAGUGCAGAUUGUGAUGUGCUCAGAAGAAUGACAAAAAGAAAAAUACAGAUAAAUAAGAUUGAAUAUGUGGAUUGAGAGGAAAACAAGGAAAGAGACCCAGCUUAGUGCUGAAAUGAUAUAGCACUAAACCUUAUCCUACUAAAAACUGUAUAUACAAAGGAAGGAGAACCUUCACAAAAGGUACUUGUUUACUAGUGGAUGGUUUAAAGGCUUCAUAACAAUGUUUAGUGAUGAGAAUGCAUCAGCUGAUCAUGUUGCUGCAGGAAAGUUCCCUGCUAACUGUGGGUUAAUAAUUUCUGAGAACUAAUAAUCCCUACUAGAUGUUGAAUGCUGACAAGACAGGGUUAUUUCGGAAGUGUAUGCCAUGGAUAUCUUACAUUAGCAAAAAGAAAAACAUGCAUCUAAUUCCAUGGUAGCUAUGGAUAAGUUCAGCAUACUUCUCUGCUCCAGUGCAACACAUUUUUGUAAGUACAAACCUAUGGUAAUUUAUCACUUAGAGAAUCCCUGAGUUUGAAAAGGUCAAGACAAAGCCUGUUUUAUUGCUAUAUGGUACUCUAAUACAGCAGCAUGGAUGACUGAGGUUGUUUGUUGACUGAUACAAGCAUUACUUUAUUCCUGCUGUCAAGAUGUACAUUGCUACAAAAAGCCUUGCAGUUUUGCCAUUACCACAUGUGUGUACAUGCAUUUACAUGUCUGAAUAACUCCUUGAUCCAGUGGUUGUAUCAGAGAUGUAUUUUUUUUUUAACACACGGGCUGUGUCCCACUGAGGGAGGGUGAAAUAAAAAGAAAAAUUAAAAUUUUUCUUUGUAAAUUAAGUAAUUUAUACAGAAGGGGUUACUGGCCUCUUGCUCCCAGUAUUUUAGUCGCCUUUUCUGAUGCGCAUGGCUGGUGAAGGAAGAAUUCUUCUCCAUUUCUCCAUAGAGAGCCAGAGAUGUAUCUUUCUUUCUUUCCACACAUCGGCCGUAUCCCACCGAGGCGGGGUGGCCCAAAAGGAAAAACGAAAGUUUCUCCUUUUACAUUUAGUAAUAUAUACAGGAGAAGGGGUUACUAGCCCCUUGCUCCCGGCAUUUUAGUCGCCUCUUACAACACGCAUGGCGUACGGAGGAAGAACUCUGUUCCACUUCCCCAUGGAGAUAAGAGGAAAUAAACAAGAACAAGAACUAGAAAGAAAAUAGAAGAAAACCCAGAGGGGUAUGUAUAUAUACGCUUGUACAUGUAUGUGUAGUGUGACCUAAGUGUAAGUAGAAGUAGCAAGAUGUACCUGAAAUCUUGCAUGUUCAUGAGACAGAAAAAAGGACACCAGCAAUCCUACCAUCAUGUAAAACAAUUACAAGCUUUCGUUUUACACUCACUUGGCAGGACGGUAGUACCUCCCUGGACGGUUACUGUCUACCAACCUACUACAGUGGUAAAAAUACAUCUUUAACAUUUGAAACCACAAGCUGCAACAUUUGAGAAUGACAGAAUUGUCAAGAGUGAUGAUGGUUCUUGACAGUUCUGUCAUUUACAGAUGUUAGAGUCUGUGGACCUAAAUGUUAAAGUUGUAUUUUUACAACCUUAUAUGACAUCUUUGAUACAACCACAACAUUGAGGAGUUAUUGAAACCUGUAAGUGCUUCUGCACACAAGGUAAUGGAUAAACUUGUGACAACAGUGGAUGAUAGCUCUAAGAUUGGAAUCCCAGAGUUCUGGUGUAACUUAAACAUUGCAGAUGCAUUUUCAACCAUAAAUGCAGGCUAGGGUCAAAUAUUACUUUCUCUGGUGAAUAAUAUAUGUGAUAUUCCCUCAGUAAGUAGUCCUGUCAAGGAAAUUGUGUUCUGGUAAGGACAGUGACACUUGGAAGCUUUCAAAGUAUGCAUGAAGACAAAAGAAAUGAUAGAUGAUGAUGAUGGAGGAUGAUAUUGAUGAUGAGGAAGUUCCUGAAGAAGAAAUGCUGGAGGAUCUCGGUUCCCAGUUAAGAAAGAAGCAGAUAAAAGAAGAGCAUGACAAAGAACAACUUUGAAGAUAAAUGGUUAACACUGCAGGAAUUAACCAUUGCUGUGAAAUAGGGUUUGGAGCAGGUGAUGAUAUCUUAUUAUCACCUGUAUAAAAUACUUUUGGAAAAAAAGGAGCACUACAGAAUACUUGAACAUUCCAAUAUCGGCUGAUAUACAUCUCUCAGUGUGUACAUGCACUGUUAUGCUCAGCACACACACACACAUGAAGUAGGAUAUAUUCCACAGAAUAUAUAUAACUUUGACCCUAGUGUAGUUGAUAGGCUUUAAACCCCAUUAACCAGCCUAAAUCUGUAGCCAUCAACUACUGACAACUCUGCAUCCAUAUCAACACAAAAACCAUAGUUAUCUACCUCAGCCCAGUAGGAGCCACAUCAAUCUUCUCCACAAACUUUCAAGUCAUUAUGCAAUGUUAACUGCAAUGUAAGGGGAUAAAAAAUUUAUUGUUUUGCAAUAUUGUAGAAAAAAGUUGUUUGAUUUUCUGGAGGUCUGUUUAAUAUAACUCCAUUUUUAGCAUGCCUUCUUCAGAUUUGUUAGCACCAAAUUAGAUUAAAUGCUGAUUUUCAUGACCAUACCCACUUUUCUAACUGAUGGUCUUCCGUUUUAAAAAACAUGAACUAAAUCCAUGUGGGUCUUACAACAAAAUAAAUAUUAUGUCUAUAGGUAUUUUACUGCAGUGAAUGAUCCCUUAUCCAGUGGUGAUGGGGAAGGGUGUACUGGAUUUUCUGAAAUGUACCAGAUCAUGGGUUAUUUUUGUAUAGACCAUAUUUUUUUUGCACAGACCUUUUUAGCCUUAUUUUCAAUAAGAUGUUUUUCCUCUGAAAAUUUUCACCAAAAUCAUUUAUAGUGUUUAUAUGUUUAACUUAAGCAUGUAUGAGCAAAGUUAAUGUUUGUUUAAUGAGGAUUCGUCAAGAAUGAUAGAUCGUAUUAAUUACGAUUUUGUUAAGAUAAAUAUUUUUUCCUGUUGGUUUUUUGCCAAAUAUAUUGGUAGCUUGUAUACAUUCUUUUUAUGUAUAUGUGAAGAGAGAGAUUAGUAAUAUAAAUUAUAAAUAUUACAGUAAACCCUUCAUUUAACAUAUAUACUUUGGAAAUCUUCUUUCUUCUUUCAACAAACCAGCUGUAUCCUACCAAAGCAGGGUGGCCCAAAAAGAAAAACUAAGGUUUCUUUUUUUAAAUUUAGUAAUGUAUAGAGGAGAAGGGGUUACUAUCCCCUAGCUUGGAAGUAUGAAACAAAAUCUGCCAGGUCAGUUGAUUUAGAAACAGUGGACAAAGUCCUUUGGUCACUGAAUUGUUCAUUAUUAUUACAAUCGCAGCAAAACAAUAUUCUCUCUAUCCACCACAGUUGUCAUUUCUGGUCAUUGGCUUUCCCCCACAAUUAUUGGUCAUCUGAUUCCCCCGCAAUUACUGGUCAUCUGCUUUCCCCACGAUUACUGUGGGUCUUUGUCGUCCCAUCUCUCUGUCUGCUUGUCUCUCUUUCUGUCUCAGAGAGAGAGCCGCUCAUGAACCAACAGGUAUUACACACAGUGCAGAGUCGUCAUGUCUGAUUCCUGAACAAGUCAUGCUUAUUAUGCCUUUUAUCAACAAGCACAGUAUAGCACUUUGUCUGAAUUUAUUUGGUUAUUCUAGGUAAUUUACCUGUGAGAUAGAGACAGCCAAAGUCUAUCGGCCAGCUGGCCUGCUGAACACAUGUUUCUCUUUACUUAGGGCAUAGAUUAUAGGACAUUCUGGCAGGAUGACACUACCAGUGGUACCAAAAUUAAAAGGAAGUUGCAUAUGUUAGAGCCUGGAUGUUCAGUAAGUUUAAUUUUAACAACCAUAGAAUUGACUGGGAAAAAAUAAACCAAGAGCUAUCAGACAUAUCCUGGGAAGCAGACAUGAGCACCCUAAAUCCCCCCCCAGUGCCUAGAGAGGCUGAAUAGAGAAGCAUACAAGGUAUGUAUGAAGCACAUACCAUUGAGGAAACCCAGAAGGAGAUCAGAUAUAGGGAGAGAGCAUAGGAGAUGGUACAGAAGAAGAAAACAGGUUACUGAAUUGCUUAAAAACACAAAUAUGCUACAACAGAGGAAAGAUAGGCUUUGACAAGAGAUCAUUGAACUAGAGCAAAAACUUAGGAUUCAUAUCUAACAGAGGAAGUACAAAGGGAACAAAGGGCCAUACAUGAUAUUGCAAGAAACCCAAAAUAUCUCUAUUCUUAUGCAAAAUCCAAGCUAAGGACUACCUGUAGAAUUGGACCACUACUGAGAGGAGACUCGUAUACUAGAAAUGAGUGAAAUCUUGAAAGAACAGUAUGAGUCAGUGUUCAGCAACCCACUAAAUGACAGCAAGGUAGAAAAUGCAGAAAUAUUUUUCACUCCAGAAGAAAGCCACGCAGAUCAGCUAACUGACAUUAGUACAAAUCCCAUAGAUUUCAAAAAGGAAAUGGACAACAUGCCCACUCACUCAGCACCUGGACCAGAUUCAUGGGAUGCUCUAUUUAUAAAGAAGUGUAAAGUCCCAUUAGCACAAGCACUCAGCAUUCUUUGGUGAAAUACCAGAGGCUUUAAAGAGUGCAGACAUAGCUCCUUUGCAUAAGCACUAGCUAAAAAUUACAGACCAUUAGCCCUAACUUCUCACAUCAUAAAAAAAUCUUCGAAAGAGUGAUGAGACAGCAGAUUACAAAUUUCAUGGACCAGCAUAACCCAAACCAGCAUGGUUUUAGAGCAGGACGAUCAUGCCUGUCACAGCUGCUGAAUCAUUAUGACAGAAUUACAGAGGCAUUGGAAGACGACCAAAAUGCAGAUGUGAUUCACACAGAUUUUGUGAAGGCAUUUGACAGAUGCAAUCAUGGAGUGAAAGGGCACAAAAUGAGGUCCAUGGGCAUUACAGGGAAGGUAGGCAGAUGGAUUUUUGGGUUCCUAACACACAGAACACAAAAAGUAGUAGUGAACAGGGCAAGAUCCAGCAUCAGCAAAGUCAAAAACUCAGUGCCCCAAGGCACUGUCCUGGCACCUCUGCUGUUUCUCAUCCUCAUAGCAGUUAUAGAUAAAAACACCCAGCACACUUUUGUAUCAUUAUUUCCAGAUAACACUAAAAUAAGCAUGAACAUCACUACGGUAGAGGACACCAAAAAAGUACAGGAAGACAUAAGCAGGGUUUUCAAGUGGGCAGUGGAGAACAACAUGACGUUCAGUGGUGAUAAGUUCCAGCUGCUUAAGUAUGGAAAGAAUGAAGAACUCAAAAGGAAUACUAUAUACAAAACACAAGAGGGUCACCAAAUAGAACGUAAGGAACACGUAAAAGACCUGGGAUGAAGUUGGUCCACAAAAUAUUGUCAGAAUAAAGGUAGUAGUGUAGGGGAGGAAACUGGACCACUACUUGUGUAAAGGCUAAAGCAUCUAUGUUGGGAUGGCUAUGUAGGCUUGUGUGCUGCUAACAGCAACAUCCUGGUUGACCAGGCUAAAGCAACUCUGUUGGGAUGACUCUGUAGGUUUGUGCUGCAAACAGCAACAACCUGAUUGACCUAGGCAGUUGACAGUGGCAUCUUUCAUCAGGCUGUGUACCUUUGAUAUACCUUUGAAGAGUUUCGAGAGUUUAACUACUCUCAGAGCCCAGCCAUGGGCCAGGCUCCUCUGCUUUGUGAAGUCUCAGUACCAGUCACACAUACAUCACAAAAAUGUUUAUAAGGUCAUUUGAUCUCCAGAAGUGGGGAGAGGGCCCACACACUGAGUAGGUUGUCAGUAUCUCCCCAACUUUGUACCCAAACUAAUGACCUUGCAUUUAGAUUUUGCAUCUCUAUUUUCACUUAAUGCAUUUUCUUGAAGUGUGUUCUACUGAAUAUUUUUCCCCUCAUUAGCCAUCUUCAACCAAGGCAGGAUAACCUAAAGAAGGAAGCAUAUGCUAUCAUUCAUUCAAUAUCUGUCUUGCCAUAAGUUUGCUGAUAUCACAAUUCAAAUUACCCUCCGACUCCAACAUCCCCACCCUUUCUUCAGAGAGCAGACACUGCCUGUCCCACCUUCAAGACUCAAGUCCUGGUUUACCUGAAUUCCUUCAUAAAUGUUACCUUGCUAUUUUUAUAUUCAUAAACAACUGCUAAACCCAUGAUGAUAUUCAUUGCUGCCUAAAUCUUAAGAAACAAACAGUGCCUGAUACCCGUAGAAGCAAGGACAAAUUUAUAGACUCUGCUUGUAAGUUUAGUGUAGAUGCUAGUAGAGCUUUACAGCUCCUCUGUUUACACCUCAUCUCUCACUGGCAUGGUUAAAAUUAUUGUAAAUAACAUACAGAAUUAUAAAAAUGCCAUACAGUACUGUAUGCUGUAUUCUUAGUGUCGAGUUGUCUCCUGCAUUAGUGGACCAAGUCUCAUAAUUCAGAAGGCAACUAGGCAAUCAUGAAAAUUAGUUUCAUAAUUUGGAAGUUGUAGACAGGUAAUAUCAUACACUCCCUCCUACCUGUUAAUCCAUUAAUGAGAGGGUUCACUGUACAGUAGGGCCCCACAUAUAUGGCAGGUUAGGUUCCAGGCUACCACUGGUAAGCAGAGUGCCAUUUUUCCACUUAUAAAUGCUUAUAAAUGCCAGAUAACAAGUUUACACUAACAUAUAUUAAAUUAGCAAUAGAACUAGGCAUUAAAAACAGUAAAAAGUAAAAUACACACACAGAACACUCUUUACUUACCUUAAAAUAUUUGUAGUCUUAAUGUAGAGUGAGAGAUAAGUAGUAUUUAUUGUAAGAAGUCAGGUGUGGUAGGUAUGGUAGCCCUCCUGGCCACCCCACACACGUAAUAUACUAUGACAUUUAAAGUGCCCCAGAGCAAUAAAAUGCAUAUACAGUACAUUCAUUACUUACCUUAAAAUAUUAAUAGUCUUAAUGUGGGAGUGAGAGGUGAGUAAACGAGGUAAAAUGAAUAAACAAGAGAGAACAAGUAAAUGAGAGACAAGAGAGAG